UUCAUAUCUUCCCUUCUUACACUGCAUAUUUGAAUGAAAAAUCCCUGUGCCACUUUUUCUAAAGGCUCCAAGGUUAAAGAUAAUAUAAUUCAAAGGAAGCUGUAUCUUGUUGGAGGAUCUUUUGCACUCCGUGAAUUUGCUCAAAUAAGAUAUGAUGUCCACAAACUACAUGGCAAGGUUGAUCCAGCUUUUAAAGAAAAAUUAAAACAGAACACUGUGACACUGGAAUCUGAGUAUGAGAAGCUGGAAAAGUCUGACUUGGAUAACUGGGAGAACAUCAGAGGACCCCGUCUGUGGGAGGAUUCCAGGACUGUUCAGAAGCAACAGCGGGAGGCAAUCCGUCUCAAGACAGAAUGACUGAGCAAGCCUACUUUGGUGCCUCUGCAAAAAAGUAAAAGAAGUCUCAGGCUGGACUGCCUUAUUUUUUAAUCCAGUAUCAGGAAUAGACAUGAGAGGGGUAUAUUGCACGGAGCAAUUCAUGCUGGUGUAUAUUUAAGUAACUGUGAGAUCAGACCAAAAUGCACUGUGUUAUUUGAAACUCUUUGUUUGCAUUCAUUUGCACGGAGUUCCAUGGAGGCUGUAUAUAUGAAUUCUCAAUUAAAAAAAAAGCUGAUUAUUCUA